AUUAUUCCUUUGCCUGUAAGCUCACUGUUGCCAUUCUUACGGCCUACCUUCGUUGCUGCCAAACCAACAUUAUGCCUCGUCCAUCAUCUAGCCUUCUCCUUGCUUUGCUUGGAUCCGUCACCAGCACGAUAGCAUGUACAAUUCCUACCACGCCGCCGGGAAACACCAUCCUUGACAAGUUCAGCAUUGUUGUUCAGAACCCGAACAUUCCCACAGUCCACAACAAGGUCAUGAGAUUCAGGGCCAAUGGCGACGACGAGCAUUUGGUGCUGCCCCCUGUAGGCGUUGCCACGAACGACGUGCUGUAUCUUCAAGAUGGCCGUCUCAUUUACAAUGCGAUCCACUCUGUAAUCGAUCUGGAGUACAACGACCAAGAUGACACGACCAAGAUGUUCAUGACGGCGCGGGAAUACCACCCAUCUGCGGUUUUCAACGGAGAGUAUGCUUGUGAUCCAGACACGGAUGAGCUGCAGAUCCGGCUGAAACUUGUUUCUCGCCUCACUGAUCCGCCCGUGCUUGGUGGGCAGAUCGGCAUACGGGACGCGGUGGGAACAUUGGAAUUCCGAUACUCACCCCCCGGAAACACCAAGAUCAACAAUGAAUUUAUGCCCGUUGAGAUGGUGAUUUUCCGCAACGGCGUAAGCCCCACCGGUACCGCCAAGCCUCCCACCUCCACGGCCGCCGCUCAAAGUUCAGCUGUGAUUCCAACAACCACUGCCGCACCACCAACCGGCACCGGCGUUCCUACAACCCCAACCAGCCCAGAUAAGGUUGGUGACUACGAAUUUUUAUACUGCUGGGCCGAGCCAGCUGCCGGUCGGGCAUUCGCUGCUAAAUCCACCGCUGCGGACGACAUGACUCUCGCGAAAUGCGCGGCCUUCUGCGCUGUUUACCAAUACUUCGGCACCGAGUGGAGCAAAGAGUGUUGGUGCGGCAAUGAGGUUGCAGCAGGAUCUGAUGCAGCGCCAUUGGGAGAGUGCGACCACCCCUGCGCUGGAGACGCAACGCAACUAUGCGGAGGCUCGCGUCGUCUGUCGGUCUACCAGAAUUCCGCCGCGACUGGUCCCCAGCAACCUGAUACCGUUGGCAACUUUGAGUUUCACGGCUGCCUCAGUGACAACCAGGGACAGCGUACGUUGGCGCAGGAUAUGCUCAGGAGCGAUGACAUGACGCUGGAGAUCUGCGCUACUUUCUGUGGUGGCUACAGGUACUUUGGGACUGAGUGGAGCACUGAGUGUUGGUGUGGAAAUACCGUCACUACGGGCGCUACGACGGUUGAUGCUGGGCAGUGCAGUAUGACUUGCGGUGGCAAUGGCGACCUGUUGUGCGGGAAUGGAAAUAGAUUGAGUGUUUACAAGGUGAAAGCUUAGGGCGUGCGUGGUUGAAGCGUAGCUCGCCAGCUGCUCAGGUUAAACAGCAAUAUGGGCAAAGAUGGAAUUGGAUAUUGAUCGUGUCUUUGUUUCCAGUGCCGACUGCCCUGGCACCAUUGGAAACAUUGAUAGUUCACUAUUCAAUUUCUAUGUAGUUGGCACAAAAGUUUAUGACUCAAUCUAAAAUACUAUCAUGAUAGAUCUAGACAGGCGUAUUAAACACAUCCCAGUUUGCACCGGGCGACAUCAGGCUGUACCGCCCAUAUCUACCUCCAACUAUUUCGUAUCCAGUCCCUCUCUCAACCACCACCGCCGACUCAGGCAGGAACAUGGCAUGAGUGAGCCCCGCGCCGUGGACACCGACUAAUAUGUCAAUUCCGGGCACCACCUUGAUUUGCUCCGCGAAACUAAGCUCCGCAAAGUCGAUGCGCUGGACUUUUAGAUGUGGGAUGUGUGCCCGGAGGGCGGCGAGGUGGGAGUCCUGGCCGAGGAGGCGGCGGGUGGAGCGGCGGUCGACCAGGGUUAGGACGAUGUCGGGGUGGGG